GGUUUACUAGGCAUCUUAUCUUUGUUGUUCGGUUGCAAAUUUCAACCCUCAUCCUCGUCCAAACCAGAAUUGCUUUACACACCUGGUGCUGGAUAUGAAGUUCAUCAUGCAUGAUGUGCACGCCAGGAAAAUGACUAAUGUAGCCCCGGCUUGCGAUAUAUAUGUGUACGAGCAGCAUGGGAACAGAAAAAAAGCGUGUACGUAAGUUGAAGAGAUGGGGACAGGGUGGUCACAAGAUGAGGCCUCACAGUCACAGCAGCUGAGUCCUGCAGAAGCAAGUAACAAGGCAGUAGUGGAGAAAGUAACAGAAGCAGCGCCUAGUGGCUCUAAACCCAUGGCAAAAGUGGAGAAAUCAGCUAGUUUUCAGGCCAAAUCUUCAGCUGAUCACAACCACGAGGCCAAAGUAGUGAAAGAAGUCAAGGGAACAGAGAAACCGACAGUUACACAAGUGAAGCAGCAGCAGCAACCGCUGCAGCAGCUCCCACAUAAUUACGAAGCUAUUGUGAAAGAUGCCGACACUCCAAUCAACAAGUCACCGGAACAUCUGUUUGUACAUCUCUAUGCUGGAAUACUCUUAAACCAAAAGAGGAAGAAGUAUUGGGUUGACAAGAAGUCCAACAACUGCUUCAUGGUGUAUCCAAGGGAUCUCACAAUCACUUGGGCUGAAGACAAUCGUUACUGGCACUGGCCUUCCCUGGAAGAAACAAGUAAUGUCUUCAUCGAUGCAGCUGAACUGUUAAAUGUAUGCUGGCUUGAAGUUCAUGGAAAAAUUGAUUCCACAAAGCUGUCACCAGGAACUCUAUAUGAAGUAGUAUUUAUAGUGAUGUUGAAAGCUGCAGCUUAUGGAUGGAAAGUUCCUGUCAAUGUCAGACUCAGUCUCCCAGAUGGUAACAAGCAAGAACGUAAAGCUGAUCUGAAUAAAAUCCAUAGAGAACAAUGGACAGAGAUACCAGUAGGCGAGUUUAGAGCAUCAACAGGAUUACUUGGGAACAUUGAAUUUUCGAUGUAUGAAUAUGAAGAUGGCAAAUGGAAGAGUGGACUUCUGAUCAAGGGCGUUGCCGUUCGGCCUAAAAACUGAGAGGGUACUCAAAACUUUGCUUAUGAGCGGAGAGAGAGAAUGUUCUGAGUUUAUCAGCAAAACUUUCUUAGUGGUUUGCAUAUCAAUAAAAUCUCAGAACUUGCAAUUUUUGAAGUUAAAAAAAAGGUUUUCAUGGCCAUUGAAUCAUGGAAGUCAUUAUUAAUUAGGAUCAUUAAUGAAGCUUAGCUCAGAGCUAUAACAAUUCAAAAUUUUCUACUCACAUAAAUAUACUUGAAAGGGUCAGAGGCGAACAUUACAUUAAACUAUAUAUUCACUGCCACUAGUCGUCUAGUCAUAGCAAUAUGUAGUGGAACAUGUGCUGUAUUAUGUGCAAUAUAUGCAACGUAUGUCUGAAUCUAAUCAAGCUCCAAGUCAGACAAUUGGAUGGGAAGGGAGAUUCAUGCUUAAAUGAUUACACAAAGAAUUACUGGACAAGAGAGAUCACCUUGAUUUCUUAUGCUUCCAGCAGUCUUGGCCAAAAAAAGUAAGUAAUUCUCAGGAGCAUCAAAGUUCUGUCCUGCAGUUUUCAGGCUUAUACCACAAUGAGAAAUUGAUUUGUUUGCUCUUCAAAUUCUCAGUUGCUGGAGCAAUCCUCUCAAAAAGC